CGUACUCGUUAGGCUGUGCGGCUGCUCGUUUGCCUCGGGUUUAGCUUCCGCUCUGGCCUGAGGAGAACGAGCUGCCGCCCCCCCCCCCCAGGGCGGUGCACCCCUGCGGCCGGGAGGCGUGUGGGGCCAGGUCGGGCGGGGCAGCGGCUGGUGCCGCAGGCGGCAGCUGCCCUCUCCGUGCCUUCUCGUGACACACCCGCAAGUGUCCGUACCGCUUCCUGCUCUGAGGUGCGGGCCUCUCUCUACGGAGCUGGGCUCCGAUGUAAGUCGCUCUCCGCGUUCCUUGGACUGCGUGAAGAUUAACAAAUGGCGGCACAGUGUGUGACAAAGGUGGAGUUGACAAUUUCCUGCACCAGUCUCUUGGAUAAAGAUGUUGGUUCCAAGUCGGACCCGCUCUGCGUGCUUCUCCAGAACACCAGUGGUCAGCAGUGGUAUGAGGUUGAUCGCACAGAGAGAGUUAAGAAUUCCUUGAACCCUAAGUUUGCCAAGAAAUUCCUAAUUGAUUACUAUUUUGAGCUUGUUCAGAAACUUAAAUUUGGAAUAUAUGACAUCGAUAACAAAACCUUUGAUCUAAGUGAUGAUGACUUCUUAGGAGAAUUUGAAUGUACACUGGGACAAAUAGUUUCUAGCAGGACUCUGACAAAACCAUUAGUACUCAAAAAUGGCAGACCUGCUGGAACAGGAAGUAUUACAAUUACAGCAGAAGAAGUGAAGGACAACAGGGUGGUUGUAUUGGAAGUAGAAGCAAGGAAACUGGACAACAAGGAUUUUUUUGGAAAGUCAGAUCCUUAUCUGGAAUUCCACAAGCAGACGGGAGAUGGAAACUGGGUGAUGGUUCACAGAACAGAGGUUAUUAAGAACAACCUGAAUCCAGUUUGGAGACCCUUUAAAAUCUCUCUCAACUCUCUGUGUUACAGUGACAUGGAUAAAUCGAUCAAGGUAGAGUGCUAUGACUAUGAUAGUGAUGGGUCUCAUGAUCUCAUAGGAAGCUUUCAAACUACGAUGUCAAAACUGAAGGAAGCAUCCCGGUCCUCACCUGUUGAAUUUGAGUGCAUCAAUGAAAAGAAACGACAGAAGAAAAAAAACUAUAAAAACUCUGGUAUUGUGAGCGUUAAGCAUUGUGAGAUCAUAGUAGAGUGCACAUUCCUCGAUUACAUCAUGGGUGGGUGUCAACUGAAUUUCACAGUAGGGAUAGAUUUUACAGGCUCCAAUGGAGAUCCUCGCUCUCCAGACUCUCUGCAUUACCUCAGCCCUAAUGGAGUUAAUGAAUACCUAACAGCCAUCUGGUCUGUAGGACUGGUCAUUCAGGAUUAUGAUACAGAUAAGAUGUUUCCAGCUUUUGGAUUUGGUGCACAAAUUCCUCCUUCCUUUCAGGUGUCACAUGAGUUCCCAUUAAAUUUUAACCCAUCAAACCCAUUCUGUAAUGGAGUCCAAGGCAUCGUUGAUGCAUAUCGGGCUUGUCUUCCUCAAGUAAGGUUAUAUGGACCAACAAAUUUUUCUCCAAUUAUAAAUCAUGUGGCAAGAUUUGCUGCUGCAGCUACACAACAGAAAACAGCAUCUCAAUACUUUAUACUCCUCAUCAUAACGGAUGGUGUGAUAACAGACCUUGAUCAGACUCGAACUGCCAUAGUUAAUGCUUCAAAAUUGCCCAUGUCCAUUAUCAUUGUUGGUGUUGGAGGAGCAGAUUUUGAUGCUAUGGAGUUUCUUGAUGGUGACGAUGGAGUUCUUAGGUCUUCAUCAGGAGAACCAGCUGUCAGAGACAUUGUCCAGUUUGUGCCAUUCAGGAAAUUCCAAAAUUCUCCAAAAGAAGCACUGGCACAGUGUGUCCUGGCGGAAGUCCCUCAGCAAGUGGUGAACUACUUCAGCACCUACAAAUUGCAACCUCCCAAGAAUCCUGCUGCAAAAUAAAUGGGCUGACCAGGGUUGCUGCGAUUUCAUGCUGGCAUUACUUGCUGAAUCUGCAGCCUUUGGUUCUCCAGAUACUUCUGUAUAUACUUCUGUAUACAUGUAUACACACACACCUCUGUGUGGCAAUGUCUGUUAGCUUUUGCCUGCAUAUCACUCUGACAGGUGUGUCUUUUAAGGGCCAAACUUAUGUUAAUAUUUGAUGUCAGUUUGAGAGAUGGGGCUUACAUGGGUGCAUUUUAUUUUGAAAAGUAAGAGUGGAAGAGUUUAAAUAUGCAGAGGGAGAGAGGAAGUGGAACAGCUGCCUGUUUCAUGAAUAUUGCCCUUCUGAUAAACAUUUUUGUGGGGAUCAGCAGGGAGAGCUGCAGUUUCUCUGUGAUCAUAAGACCAGUCAGAAAUGAAGAAGAGGGUAUAUUCCCACCAAGCUGGUAACAGUUUGUAUGUGCGUCAACAAAUCUGAAAUAUUUCGGGCUUCUGUGUCUAUGAAAUUGCAUAACACAACUUACAAGUUAUGUAACAAACAAGUACCACAGGGCAUAAAGGCCCUCCUUGCACGCCUGCUUUACGUUUGCCAUUUUAGUGCCUUUGGCCAAUGCCUGGGAUUCAAGGCUGUGUGAAACUGAGCUAAACAAGUCAUUAAAGUGUAUGUUCUUUUCUAGUGUGCAUUCUCUUAAGGUAGCACAAGAAGAACAAAGGUGAAUCAAGGUAAACCUCAAACAUCUGAGAAGGAUGCUACUGGUCUUUGAGGACACUCAAAGUUGUAAGAUGUAUUUCAGUGUGUACUGUGCUGGAAAUGGGAACUCCAGAUUUUGUUUUGGUUGGGGUUUUGGUUUGGUGUCCCUUCUCCCCAAGCCAGUUAGGACUUGAUCUUUAAAGGGCUUUUUGUGAAGUGAGAAUUCACUUUCUAGUUGUUAAGUUUUGUCUGAUUUAUGACUGCAUAUUUUCAGGCAAAGGCAGUUCUUGAAAGUGCUGCCUAUGCUGGUUUUGUCAUUUUUUGAAUCGUGCUGCUUUUUUAUGAGCCCACUGAUGAAAGGUGGUUACAAAAUCCCUUCUUCCCUCCCUGAAGGGAGACAAGAAAGUCUCUGAGCCCCAACCCUGUAAUCAUACUGUGUUUCUCUAGGGCAAACAAUUCCUGGUUUAUUUUCUUGGCUUAACUUUUCCUCUCCAGUAUUUAUGUCAAGUGUAAAUCAUGUUGCAUUUGCUUAGUGGACAGGUUAAGCUUUCUUGUCUCCCAGCUGCAUACCGCUUGCUGAGGAUCUCUUCUGAUCCUGUCAGUUCAUGCAACAUAUAUGGAUGUAAAGGUCUCAUUUAUCACUUCCAGAAUUCCCAUCUUGAACAUGAAAUUUGCUGUUUCACAUUUGCAGUGGUUUAGAUAUCUGACUGAUCUGGUUUUGGAUGAUCUAGCUGUAACAUGAAAGAACAGAGUAGACUAGCACUAAAUUUAGCAUACUUGGGCAUUCAAGAUUAUGCUGGGUCAUAAUGUAUGUGACUUUGUAUGUGACUUUUUUUAGUUGCUGGAGCUUCUCAGUAUAGUUUGGGUGGUAUUUUUUGUUCCAUACAUCUAUAAUCCUGUCAAAAAUCUGAACUCACAUUAACAUUGGUGGAUGAAAGAUGUUUGCAUUGAGAUUAUCUUGCACAUCCUGUAAAACAUACCACAUGUUCUGUAGACAGUUGGCUAGUUAUCAGUCAUGAAUGAGUAUGUUACUCUCUGCUCUGUUUUCCUUGAUGUCCUAAAUAGUUUCAGUAGUGGAAUAUUAAAGAAGAAAUUUUGUUUCAUAUUAAGCCAAGCUCUUUCUUAUUUCUUAAAUCUAAUUCAUAUGUUUAUAUAAAAAUCUACAGUCAUCUUUUUAUCAGUAUAGUGCAAAUGUGCUACUGCUUUAUUCAUAAAUUAUAAUGAAGUGUCGUGCCAGAUAUGCAACAGAACAUAUUAAGAUCAACAAAGUAGUUACAAUGAACCUAAAUUGCACUGCUGCAAGUAGGUAUUGUAUAAUUUUGGGGCAGUAAAUAUUUUCACAGCUACAUGCUCUGUGUACAGAGGUAACUGGAUGCAGUAUUAGUGUUUUGUCUAGAUUCAUUGAAGUGGACAUGUACUGUUGAUGGGAGUACAGUAUAGUACUGAAGAACCCAAACCAUUGUAUGAUUCCUCUGAGGUGUCUGCCAAAAAUACAGUGCUGCAUCUGAGUUCUAAUUCUAGUUUAAGUUGCUGUGGAAGUGCAUUUAACCAAAUUUAAUUAUGUUAAUAGGUAUUAUUAUACUAAAUAUCUGUUGCAUAUAAGAUAAAAGUUUUCAUUUUGUCUGUAUUCUAUACAUAAAUUCUGAGUUUCUGCAGUGGAGAAUUCAUUAUCUCUUACUGAAAAGUGAAAAUUGCCCUCAUGUUCUUCAGGCUUAGGGAAUUAAAUAGCAUAUCCACAACACCUACUUCUCCAAGUGCCUUAUACUGUGUAAAAGAAAAGUGUUUCACACCUGACAAGGGCAAGAACCCUUUUCCAGGUAUGACCUCUUAGAGAUGUACAGGUAAUGCCCGCUGAAAAAUCUGGAAGCUUCUGAGUUAGGCUGACUGUGCGUCAGGGGGAGGGUAGUUUCUCUGUUUUGCCAUUUUUUGUUCAUUUUUACAAGUUAAAAACGUCUUAGUUGCUUGACAGUGAUAAAGCAAAAUACUCUUUAAGUUUUGUGAAGUGAAUGCGCUUGUAGGUCACUUGCACCACCUUGUGAUCAAAAUGAUGUAUAGCACUCUGUGUAAUCGGAUGCUUUUUGCCAUUUAGAGGUCAUAAUAUAUACAUUUAUAUAUAUAUGUACAGCAGAGAAAUAACCUGUAACCAGAAUUUUUUACUUUCCUAUGUAUUUCAGUUCUGGUGAAGUUAACUGAUUUACAAUGCCUACACAUUAAAAAUAUAAUUUCAGUGUA